UACGUUCGCAAAAUAUGUGUGAGAGAGAAAGGGGGGAAGCGGGGAAGGGCGAGGGAUGGAGACUCAAUUAUUGUGAAAAGGGGAAGGAGAGAUUUUACUUCGGGACAGAUUUGAUCGGAUCACGAUGUUGCGAUUAAGCCUCCUGCUUCUCCUGCUCGCACACUUGACGGCCUCCUCCACGCUGCUUGGAUGGGUGGAGUCUCCAGGGUAUCCCAGCGGAUACCUGCCCCAUGCCAGUCUAAACUGGAGCAGGUGUGCCCCCAAAGGUCACACCAUCUCCAUCAGGCUCAUCCACCUGGACCUCGAGGACAGCCAAGACUGUGAAAAUGAUGCGGUGAAGGUCUUUUCAAAUGGAGACCUCAUUUCCGUUCUAUGCGGCAAAAGGGAAUUUGAGGAACUCCAGUCCAUUGUGAAUCCCUUGCUCGUCUCUGCCCCGGGUGGCUGCCUCUCCCUCUCGUUCCACUCUGACUACUCAAACCCCAAGAGGCACACUGGCUUCAGGGGCUUUUAUACUGAUCAAGACUUUGACGAAUGUCAGGACGACCCUGAUAACAGAUGCACACAGUUCUGUCACAACUUCAUCGGAGGGUACUACUGCUCCUGUCGCCAUGGUUACCACCUGGACACAGACAAACACACUUGCACUGUGAGUUGUGCUGAGGAUCUGUCAGGGCUGAAAACAGGUGACAUAUCCAGCCCCUCCUGGCCGGCUCCGUAUGCAGAAAAUGCCAACUGUCAGUAUACCCUGUCUGUAGAGGAUCACCUGCAGCUGGAGCUGCACUUCUCUGACCAUUUUGAUGUGGAACAAAGACCUGAUGGUCAAUGCAUAGACGAACUGAAGAUUGAGACACCCUCUGGGACUCUGGGGCCGUUCUGCGGCCACGCGCCUCCUGCCUCUCCCUUCCUCACUCACUCACAUCAUGUCCGUAUCCACUUCAGCUCUGAUGGCUUUGGCACAAACAAAGGCUUCGCUCUCCACUUUAAGACACAAGACAAGACGUGUCCUACAGCAGUAACCCCGCACUCUACUGCGGCGCCUCAGCAAGCGGAAUAUGUUCAGGGUCAAACAGUCACAGUCACCUGUGACAUUGGCUAUGUAGUUAAUAAUGAAGGCACCCAGACAAUGUCAUCAGAGUACGUGACGACAUGCCAGGCUACGGGAAUAUGGACUCCCAGUUACAUCUGUGAACCUGUGGACUGCGGUAAACCUGACAUUCCAAAAGAUGGCAUCCUUCAUUUGGUGGGCUCGGAAAAUCCCAACACUAAGUACAAAGCUCAGAUCCACGUGAACUGCAGUUCAGACUACUACAAACUGGAAGGAGAUGACACUUUCACUUGCAAUGCCAAUGGUGAAUGGGAAUCAGGGGAUGGCAGAACGGAUAUGUCGAAAUGCACUGAAGUCUGCGGAGAGCCUAAAAAACACCAUUUGAGUACAGGCAGAAUUUUGGGAGGUCAGGAUGCAAACCAGGGAGAAAUACCAUGGCAUCUUUUGAUAAAAGAGCCAAAAAGAGGAGGAGCAUCACUGAUCAACGACCGCUGGGCUGUUACAGCAGCUCAUGUUGUGGAAAAUGUGCCGCAAACCUCUCUGCACCUGUAUGGUGGAGUGGUACACGACAGCUUAACACAUGACCGAUCGUCUGGCAUAGUCGUCAUGAACAGUGAGAGGAUCAUAAUUCAUCCCAACUACAUCCAGAACGUUGCAGACCAAACAAAUUUUGACAAUGACAUCGCUCUAAUCAGAUUUGCUUCCAGGGUGACUUUAGGCCCAAAUCUCCUUCCCAUUUGUCUGCCAGAGGCAAACAGGGGCUUGGUGGACAAUGAGCAAGGCACAGUGUCAGGCUUUGGGUUUACAGUGGAGGGGAACAGAUUUGUCACAUCUUCCAAGCUAAAAUACGCACAUAUUGAGGUAUACCCCCUUACAGAGUGUGAGAACACACCCACCACACCUACCAACAAACGCAUGCACUUCACCAAUAACAUGUUCUGUGCUGGAGCACAGGGAAAGGACAGCUGCAGGAAAGACAGCGGAGGUCCGUUUGUUUCGCCAAUGUUGGCUGAAGGCAAUGAGCCUUAUUAUCUGACCGGCCUUGUGUCCUGGGGAGCCCCCUGUCGACAGAGACAGUACAAGGGCUACUACACCAAGGUGGAGAAUUAUGUAGAUUGGAUUAAGGAGAAAAUAGACGAAACCGAAAAAUCUUUAAGAGGGUAAAGAUGUGGGAGAAAUCACUUUGCAACUAACCAUGGUGAUGUAAUACAUGCCAAGAUGGAUUCAGAUCUGUGAAAUGUAAGUGAAAAUAAAGACUAUAUCUUUGUAAUCAAAUGUACCAACAUAAACAACUCUGAUCACUGACUUUAAAAUUCACUUUAUGACUUUGCUGGUCAUGAAGUGAAUUACUAUUUACUAUUCACUUUUUUGUAUUAAAGGAAUCAACUGCUGAGAAUGUGCAUUUUAACCAACAAUAAAGAGUUUUCUUAAUACA